AUGCGAAGCCGCGUAGCUCUGCCGUUCCCGACGUCGAUUGCACCGUCACCCGCUGCCUCUGCGUUCCAUCACACUUUCCUGUCUGCACUCGACACCGAGUCCCGCAUUCUCCAAGACGUGCUGUCGCUCCGCCCGCUUUCGUCGGCCCUUCAAUACACUCCAGGACGACCCGUGACCGUACGCUCCACAGAGUUCUUCAGUGAGUUGACCCAAGACAGCCCCGACCAUCCGUGGAAACCAUCACAUCGCGCAGUGGUGCACCUCGUCGACAUUCUCCUCACGUGCAUGGACCGCAUUAACCAACAACAGCAGAAAACAGCAUCGCACAACUUGUCUGAAUCACUGCACAGCGCGGCAGAAGCUGCGGGGUACGCCAUGGCACACACGAUGAUUUUGUCGCACGUGCAUACGCUCUGCCACCACGACGAUGGCCCCGUCGACGCCGCCACAAUCCUCCUCACAAGUGUUCUCGCAUCUUCCAUGGAGUACGGCCACAUGCACCCUCUUCACGUCCACCCCCUCGUUCCAUCGAACGGUGCCGUCGUCUUUUCCUCAACGUCGUCGUGGCCGUGCUCCAUUUGCCAUCGCGUGGCCCUGGUCAAGACGGACGUCGUCUACCGAUGUGCUGGCUGCGAUGUCAAUUUGUGCAAGGAGUGCUUCACGCGCAUUCCCGUUGCCUCGUUGUCGUCCGGUACAGUACCUUGCAUUCCCCGGCGCACUCAUGGCAUCACAUCCGCGACGAUCACCUCACCGCGGCGCCUGCUUGAUGGCCUCUGGACCCAUGCACUGGACUCGCUGUGUGCCGCCAACAUGUCUGUCGUCGCGCUCGACAUUGCGCGGACCCUUCGUAACCGCGUUCUGGAACUCCCAUUGACGGCGGGUGGCCCGCUCGUUCCGUUGCUGACCUUGCUGCAUGACAUGGUGUCAUCCUCGUCAAGUUUUUGCGCGGCGCUGGUGCACUCGUCGCAGUGGCUUCCGGUCGUGAUCACGGGCAAGUCCAUCGAGAUGGCGUCGUUUCUCGGUCCGUUCUUCCGACACACGAGCUUCCCCGACGAAAUCGUCCCUGGGGACUGCCUAUGCGGUCCGACCGCCGACAAAUCCACCGUGCGCACAACCCUCGAUUCCGUGCAAGGGAUGCAAACCGCAGUUGUCCGCGCGUUUUGCAGCCACGGCGGUGCCAUCGCACAAGCCAUGAUGUGCUGGGUCACGUGCAGCAUUGAUGCGAACAGCGUCCGUCGCCGGCUCGGGCACUCCCCAGUCGAAUGCGCAUCCGACGGAUUCCUCUUGAAUGUCGCGGCGAUGGCGCUGCAGGUUACGACGGCGUACGUAGACGACGUGACCCAAAUUGACGUAACGUGGCACACGACUCGACCGGGGCGCCUAUCCUUGGCGAACUUGACACAAAUCUUACCAAACCACGUGGUCGAGUUGGAGUCGCACACCCUACCUCCCUCCGCCGACGAGGGCUCGCGGGCGCCGCUGUUUUACCCGCAGUACGACGGGCAUGCCGGCGUAGUAUGCGACCACUGCCAAGACAAGGACUUUGUCGGUGUUCGGUACAAAUGCAUCCACUGCGACGACUUUGACUUGUGCGCGUCGUGCUAUGAUCACCGAAGGCAAAUCCAUGGACCACAGCACGGGUCGCAUCCCUCCCACUCGACCCACCACUAUAUCCCGCCCCCGCUGGACCACCCCCCGACGCACGUGUUUCUUCGAUUGAACAUUCCGCUGCCGCAAGUGACCACUUGGCCAUUUCGAAAACAACCGAUCGUGGCUGUCGAGCCAAACCUGUCGUCCACGUGGUGCCCAACGUGCGCCGGUGAAUGCACGGGCGUCCUCCAGUGCAGCGAGUGCGACCAGCAGGCGUGUUUGGCGUGCGUCCAAGCCGAAGAAGCCGAUGCCAAUGGGAAUCCGCACCGGUUGCACGCCCCAGGUCACCAUUACCUGGACACAUCCACGAUUUCGUUUUCCACACCCAGUACGAUUCGGCUACCGCAAAGCAUGUACCCGCCGCAGUUUUUGCCGCCACGCGCUGACCAACCCGACAUGUGGUGGUACGUCGCGAUGAAGAGUCUGCAUGUGGGGCCGGUGCUGUCGCUGAUGCGGUAUGUGUCGGUGCACCGCGAGUGCAUGCAGUUGAAAGCCCUAUGCAACGUGGAAACGCGAACGAGGCAGCAAAGCCAAGGCAGCGGCGGAGGCGGAGGCCGCCGGUCCACUCGGUCGACGCACCACCACCACCAUGCCCUCACCAUGAACGCCACGCGCGUCGACGAACUGCUCAAGACGAAGAGUGCGAUGGAAGUGCAGCUGUUUGCGCCGGCAUUUCUCCGCCUCUUGUUUGGCCACUACACCCGCACAGCGCAGUGGCUGCUGCAUUUGAUGCGUUAUUCAACUGAACGCACCGAUGACGUCAAAGGGGACGGCGCCGUUUCCCUGGCGUACGCUUUGGUUCCGGAAGCCGUUCUAUGCAACCUCGCGGACGUCCUGUAUGUCGCAGGCGUCCACCCGUGCGACGGCGUCGACUGGUCCCCUGCCGCCGUCGAGCCGCUCGUGACGUUGCUUUUCACGCUCGUCGGGUCGCGGCAUUUGACGAACUCGCCCCAUGUCCGUGUGCAACUGAUCCGAGCGCUGAUGUCCCUUGCUCCAGUAAAAGUCUCGACUCGAAAUGCGUUGGUGCUGUACGACGUGCUGGCCAUCCGUCCGACAUUGCGCCGAUCGGCCGUGAACAAUCUGCUCCGGUUUCACAACGACUUGGACCAGUACAGCAACAACACGGGCGGCGACACGUCGUGGGGUCUGCUGCCGGCGCGGUUGUCGACGCUGUUGUUGCUUCGGUGGCUGUGGAAUGCCCCGUUUGUGGCGCAGGAAGCGGAACGGUGGUCGGCCAACGACCACGGGAUGGGUCUCCUCUUUAGCGGUGCACUGCACGACAUCACUCGUCUACUGGACGAAGCCACGUCAAAAGUGCUUGCGAUGCGGCGGCUGCAGGAGCUGCAGGACAGCCCGACGUCGACGACUGGCGCGUACUUUCAACCGGCCAUGAUGCAGUCGUACAUGGCGCUGCAUUUUAACAAGGCGCGCACGACGUUUCGAGUUCUCAUCGAGUGCCUGGAGCUCCUGGCGUGGAUCGUAGCCGUGCCGCCGCUUCGCGCUGUGCUGUGCCGCCGGUCGCUUGUGGACCAGACCGCCUCCACGCUGUCGUUCGUCGUGGCGACCCUCGAGACACACCUGCAUCCUUCCAAGUGGGGCUUCUCGGCCGAAAUCUACCAGGACGGCAUGCUCGCGCUGGCCGAGGCGCUCUUGGUUGUCGUCCGAUGCGCGGGACUCCAUCACUCGUGCCCCGAAGCAUCAGCGUGGAAGCUCUCCAACUACGCGGGAAUCCUGAUGGAAGAAAAGAUUGGUGACCUCGAUGUGCACCAGCGGUGGAAGUUGAGCUCGUGUUUGUUUCGACUGGAAAAGGAUGUUGCCAUGUCGCGCGGGACGCCUUCGCCGAACAUCCCGCCACCGCCGCUCGACGAACGACAGAAUGAAGUCGAAGCUGACAACGAACCAGAUGAAGAGUCGGCCCUCGCGGCACUCGAGGCCAAGGCGUGCGAGUCCCGGGCCGUGGAAGACAUGACCAGAUUCGAGCGACAGCUCGCAUCUCGAUUUGUGUCUGCGCUUGCCGCCGAUGGCCGGUUUGAGUCCGUGCGAUUUCGACGAGCUGCUGUGUUGUUGCGGUCGGAUCCGUCGCUCACUAGUGCGUGGCGCGAGAAGUUCCUCCAAGUUGUGGACCACACCGAGCAAGUCAUGGCGCUGCACGAGCAAAUGGACGAGCGCCUCGGCCCCGUCCCUGACGAGUACCUGGAUCCGAUUCUCAACACGCUGAUGUUGCAUCCGGUGCAGUUGCCAUCGGGGCACAUCGUAGACCGGUCCAUGAUCGAGAGGCACCUCUUGUCGGCGAGCGUGAACCCAUUUAGCCGCGAGCCCUUGACCGUGGAGAUGCUACGGCCAUGUCCGGAACUUCAACACACGAUUGCACGGUUUGUGCAGUCCAAGUUGCGGCAGGACGAUGCUGUGGUGGACCCAGAAGCGUGGGGCCUCGGGUGGGAGUGUCUUUUUGAAGGCGGCAGCUUACCGGGCGACCCAUGA